CAGCGGGCGCACUACAUCACAGUCGACGAUCUGGCAAAGUGGCCCGAGAGGACUGCUUCCCUCCGCCGCCUCCCCGCCCGAAGAUUCUCCACGUUCAGCCCCUCGGCGGAACCCGCCUCCAAUGGCAUCCGCGCCCUCGCCGGCCACCCGAACGCCGAUAUCUCCCUCUUCCCGCGGCUCGGAUUCGCCCCCGUCACCGGCUCCUUCGCCGGUAGAGCAAUCCAUUGCUUCUCUCUCAGGCGCUCCCUCAGCCUCGGCCUGUUCCACUGCAACACUCUCAUCCACAUGUGUUUUCAACACGGUAACGCCGUGGGGGCGCUCUAUCUGUUCGACCGUUUGCCUGAGAGAAAUUGUUCGUCGUGGAAUACUGCUAUUUCAGGCUGCAUCCGUGUCAGAUUGUUCGCCAAAGCUGUUGAGUUGUUCGGGCGGAUGAGAGACGAUGGCGUGAUGCCCAAUGGGUUUGUGCUCGCCAGCCUUUUGACCGCUUGCAACCGGUGGACGAACAUGGUCACUCGAGGUUUCGAGAUUCAUGGUUUUGCAUUGAAACUUGGGUUAGCGACCGAUCUAUAUGUUGGAACUUCUCUGCUGCAUAUGUAUGGCAGUCGUGGAAUGGUGUUUGAUGCUCGUAGAUUUUUCAGGGAUAUGCCUGAGAGGAAUGUCGUGUCAUGGACUGCUUUGAUGGUGGGCUUUUCAGCUAAUGGGUACCCUGAGGAAGCCAUGAGGGCUUAUCGUGAAAUGAGACUGGAAGGCGUGGUAUGCAAUCAGAACUCUUUUGCGACAGUGAUUAGUUCUUGCGGAUUGCUCGAGGACAAGAAGGUGAGCCUUCAAGUCAUAGGACAUGCUGUGGUUUGUGGAUUUGAGACUGAAGUUUCAGUGGCAAAUGCUCUGAUUACGUUAUUCGAAAACCUGGGAAGAAGAGAGGAUGCUGAAAAUUUAUUUCAACGGAUGACAGAACGAGACACGAUAACAUGGAAUUCUAUGAUAACGCUGUACUUGCAUGAGGGAGCCUGCGAAGAACCUUUGCAGUUGUUUUCUGAUAUGCGCCACCAUGAAUUGGUGCCUGAUGCCACGACUGUGUCCAGUCUGAUCUCAGCUUGUGCUUGUUUGGAAUACUUGAAUUGGGGAAGAGGUAUUCAUGCUCUAAGCAUCAGAAAUGGUCUCAGCCUAUUUGUUUCUGUGAAUAAUACUCUUAUCAAUAUGUACUCGAUGUCAGGUAAGCAUAAAGCUGCCGAAUUAUUAUUCUGUCACAUGCCACAAAGGGACCUAAUUUCCUGGAAUACAAUGAUCUCUGCCUAUGCUCAGAGUGGGCUAUCGUUUGAUGCACUGAGGCUUUUAAGCUAUUUGCUUCGGGAAAACAAAGAAACAAAUCAUGUGACAUUUGCUACUGCAGUUGCUGCAUGCGCAAGUCCUGAAUCCUUCUUGGUCGGCAAGAUGAUUCAUGCACUCAUAAUUCUUCUAGGACUUAAAGAAAAUUUGGUGGUCGGUAAUGCUUUAAUAACCAUGUACAGCAAGUGCAAGGCUAUGAGAGAAGCUCUGUGGGUUUUGCAGGCAUUGCCCAAUUAUGAUUUGGUUACAUAUAACACACUUAUCGGAGGACAUGUAGAGAACGAAGAACAAAGGGAGGCAAUGCAAGUGUUCAACCAGAUGAGAAAAGCUGGGGUUAGGGCAAACUAUAUCACCAUAGUCAAUAUCCUGGGGGCAUUUUCAGAUCCUCGUGAUCUGAUGAAGUACGGAAAGCCGGUUCAUGCUCAUGCACUGUCAACCGGAUUAGAAUCUGAUGAGUUUGUUAAGAACUCGCUUCUCACGAUGUAUGCAAAGUGUGGUGAUCUUGAUUCUAGCAUAUAUAUAUUUGAUGGAUUAGAAAGCAAGACUGCGGUUUCGUGGAAUGCUAUGAUUGCGUCCAAAGCUCACCAUGGUCAAGGAGAGGAUGCUUUUAAGCUCUUCAUGGAAAUGCGACAUGCUGGAAACGAACUUGAUCAGUUCAGCCUGUCAGGGGGCCUCGCAGCUAGUGCAAGCUUGGCAUCGGUAGAGGAAGGGCAGCAAUUACAUGCUCUAGUUAUCAAACUUGGAUUUGACUCAAACCUUCACGUGAUCAAUGCAACAAUGGAUAUGUAUGGAAAAUGUGGUAAGAUGGAUGAUGUGUCAAAGAUAAUUCCUGUGCCAACGAAGCGGUCGCAGCAAUCAUGGAAUAUCAUCAUAUCAGUGUAUGCUAGACAUGGUUGUUUUGAUAAAGCUGAGGAUACUUUCAGAGAGAUGUUAGAAAUUGGAUGCAGACCUGAUUAUGUUACCUUUGUUUCCCUCCUAUCUGCAUGUAAUCAUGCAGGAUUGGUGGACAAGGGUUUUGCUUAUUACAAGUCAAUGACCUCGGAGUAUGGUAUCUCCCCGGGUACAGAACAUUGUGUCUGUAUGGUCGAUCUGCUAGGACGUUCAGGAAGACUUGUCGAAGCUGUGCAGUUUAUCGAGGACAUGACCGUUGCUCCAAAUGAUCUCAUAUGGCGCAGCUUGUUAUCUUCGAGUAGGAUUCACAGAAAUCUUGAUGUUGGCAGUAAAGCUGCUGAGCGUCUUCUUGAACUGGACCCGUUGGAUGAUUCGGCUUAUGUACUUCUAUCGAAUGUAUGUGCCACCAAUGGGAAGUGGGAAGAAGUUGACAGAUUGAGAAGGAAGAUGGAGUCGAUCAAUUUGAAAAAAAGACCAGCUUGCAGUUGGAUUAAGGUGAAGAAUCAGGUUAGUGCAUUCGGCAUCGGGGACAGGAAUCACCCACGAGCAAAUCAAAUAUAUGCAAAGUUGGAUGAGAUUUUGCAACUGAUCAAGAAAUUGGGUUAUGUUGCUGACACUUCCUUUGCACUUCAUGACACCGAUGAAGAACAGAAGGAACAUAACCUCUGGAACCACAGUGAAAAACUUGCCCUGGCUUUUGGGUUGAUGGACCUGCCUCAAGGAUCUACAGUGAGGGUCUUUAAGAAUCUUCGAGUUUGUGGGGAUUGUCAUUUGGUGUAUAAAUUGGUCAGCCAUGCUGUUGGACGAGAGAUUGUGCUGAGGGAUCCCUAUAGGUUUCACCAUUUUGGAGAUGGAGAGUGCUCCUGCUCAGAUUACUGGUAGCAAUCACCUGAGAUCAAACAGGAACUUGAUCGUGAGCAUGUCAGUAGAACCCAAACGGGGAACAGAUAGACAAAGGGACAAUGACAGUUUCUUGAUGUAAAAUGACACAGAACCGAAUAUAAGAGGAGGAGCUGCACAAAUUGCACUGCAGUUUUGCAAUCUCUGGUACAUCAUCGACGACGCCAAGGAUAGUUAAUGACGAGAUUCUUUGCUUGAUAAUUAGUGAAUUGUUCAGUUUGACCCGACAAAUCAUUGUAUUGUGCAUAUAUUCUCAAUUAUCUUCAUGUUCUUUAACA